GAAAGAUUGUGCUUGCUAUAAUGCUGGGUCUUUGAUGUUUAAGGAGAUCAUUUGAAUGCUGUUGCUUCAAUGGAGAUCAAAAUACUUUACAUCACCAGUUGAAUCUUGUGGCUGAUGGACUUGCUAGAUUUGACUUCAACGAUGCUUUUGAAUUGUAUCACACGGUUCCUGCUUCCUUGAGAACCCUAGCGCAGAGAAAGACGGCUAAUUUCUUUUGGGUCAACUCGACAGACCGCCAAGAUUAAAGAAAUAAUGAACGGUUGAGAUGAGACUUUCCACUGAAUUUUCCGUCAAAGCGUCGUCGUUUUCAGGACCUGAGCGGAGUUCUGUUUCGGAAGCUUGUAUUUCUCUGUAUGUCGAUUGUCGACCAUCCCGACGGUGCCAGAUUGAACUGGGUUUCCAGUGCUCAUGAGCGAAAAUCGUAUGCAAAAUAUGGAUGGAAGCGCCUAAUGUGGGUAAAAGAAACCAGGUCAUGAAUACUUCCUUCACGAUGUUUGUUGUAAAUAAAGUAAAAUGUGGCUAUAGAUAAACAUAACUUUCUUGCUCUUUAUAUCGAUUUAAUUGAUUGAUUAAUUGCUUCGAGUUUGAUCAGCUCUGGAUGAGAACUUCAUUGCCUGCGAGAGAUUGUCUUUAUAAAAAUGACUCGAGUUCAGUUGAGGAUUUUGGAAUAGAGGGGGAUCAAAAUAAUAGAAAUUAAGCACAUGCAAGAGCAGAAAACUUCUUGGGAGAGGGCAAAUGUUUGAGAUUAGAUUGGUUCAGUUUGUUAGCAAUGACACUUUCCUACUUCCCUCGAGCUGCUAAAUUUUGUCUUUAAGGAGAAGCGUUCUGUGCUCAUGGGGAAGGAAAACUUUACGCUGAUAUAGACUUCAAGAUAUCGAAGGAAGAGAUGGAGAAUGAAUCUAACAAGGCUUUUCUUGAAUCAUAUGCCAUGAAAGGAGGGGAGGGUCCUCACAGCUAUGCUCAAAACUCAAACUUUCAGAGAUCAGCAAUUGAAGCAGCCAAAAAGCUUCUCCAAGGUGCAAUAGCUGACAACUUUGACUUGAAAAUCAUUUGUGUUGCUUCUACAACAAACCCAAUUUGCAUAGCAGACUUGGGCUGCUCCACUGGGCCAAAUACCUUCAUUGCAGCACAAAACAUAAUGGAAGCAAUUGAACUCCAAUGCAAAUCUCAAAAACAAAGUGUCCAGGAAUUCUUUGUUUUCUUCAAUGAUCAAGCCUCAAAUGAUUUCAACACUCUCUUCCAGAAACUUCCUCCCAACAAAAAGUACUUUGCUGCUGGAGUUCCUGGCUCUUUCUAUGGACGCUUAUUUCCGAGGCAGAGCCUACAUGUAGUUCACUCAUCUGCAUCACUGUCUUGGCUAUCUAAGUUGCCCAAAGAGCUUACUGAUAGAAGCUGUGAUGCUUGGAACAAGGGGAAAAUUUACUAUACUAAUGCUCCAAAAGAAGUUGAAGAUGCUUAUAAAAGUCAGUUUAAAAUGGAUUUGGAGACUUUUUUACAAGCCAGAGCACAAGAGGUUGUGGGCAAUGGGAUAGUGAUUCUUCUGAUACCUGCUGCUCAUGAUGUGAUUGAUUUUAGUGUGGACUUGUAUGGUGGAAAAGAUUAUGAACUUCUGGGAAGCUGUCUAAUGGACAUGGCAAAACUUGGACUUGUAAGUGAAGAAAAAGUGGACACUUUUAACGUGCCCACGUAUUUUCCACAUGUGAAGGAUCUGAAGAAAAUGCUUGAAAGUAAUGAAGAUUUCAGUGUGGAGAAAAUGGAACUCAUUUGAUUGCCACAGCUCCAUUCAGCCAAACUUGGAAGGGCAUGUUUCCCAAUGCAGAGCUGUGCUGGAAGUGCUAAUUGAGAAGCACUUCGGAGAUGGAGUUGUUGAUGAACUUUUUGCUCGCUUUGCUGAGAAAGUUAUGGAAUCCCCAGAAGUCAUGAAUCUUCAGAAGCUUAAACUUCUAAUGCUCUUUGUUGUUCUCAAGCGCAAGCAGGUGUAGACAUAGAUGGAUAAGUUAACAGUUCUCUCCUGAUGAACUUAAUUAUGAUAAUGCAACUGCCUCUAUUCUGCUUGUUGGACUUAAUUAUGAUGAAGGGUGAAAGUAACAUGUGUUGACCUCAUGUGUUUUAAAAGUUUUUUAUAUAUAAUUUUGUGGUAAGGUAUUGCUGUU